AACGGCUUCCGUAGAUAAACAAUCGCCCAAAACUGAAGGUAACUCAUUUCAGGAUGACGUUCUUUCUCAGGUUUAUAACAGUUUAGAUCCAGUUGGAGCAUUGUAUGUUAUCUAAAGUUACCCGGACGACUUACUGACAAAGAAAUGAAGUGAUUUUCUUUAACAUAGUUAGUAAAUUCUUACCCCGAAAAGUUCCGUGCAACACGCGCACAGUAUCGAACAAGAACGACAACUCUAGUCAAUAAAACCCCAUACUCUAAUGGCAACAGAGGACAUUGACAAAGAAGAAAGACUGAGGUUUGCUAAGGAGGUUGUUCAUGGAAGAGUACUUCGUGAUAAAAGAUUUGAAAACAUCAUACAGAAGAUCGUCGUUGUGGAUGGUGGCGAUGGCAACAUGACGUGUGAGUUUGAGGUGACAGAGGAACACAGAAACAGUAAUGGGACUCUUCACGGGGGUAUGAUGUCCUUAUUAGUGGACGCGGUCACAUCGUGGGCUCUUCACACAAAAGUUCGGGACAGAAACAGUGCCAGCAUUGAACUAACAUUACGCUUCCUUAAACCUCCAAGAGUAGGAGACACGGUCGUCAUAGACGCAAAGACGGUGAAGUGUGGUCGCCGCGUGGCAUUCCUCUCGGCGGAAAUCCGGUCUAAUAAUGGUGACUUGUUAGCGCAGGGAUAUCACACAAAGCUUAUUAUGGAACCUGGAUCCAAACUUUGAUCAUAGAGAAAUACAAUUACGUACAUAUCGCAUGGUGGUAAUUUGCUGAUAUGCCUCUGCAGAACUUCAAACUUUUCCCUUAAUUUAUUUGUAAUUUCCAUAAUACAAAUUGUGUAGAUAUACAUGUAUAUAUAUUAGAGGGAUUUCAAAACUAUAUGCAGUGGAUUUUUAUUUUAUUUUCUAUACACACCCAGUCACACACUUUUCAUACGUAACUGUAAUUUGUGCAGUGUGUGUGUAGGGGGGGGGGGGGGGGGGGGGGGCAACACAACCGUGAGAGCAUCUUCUGCGUAUGAUAAAUUUUUAAAUCAAGACAGGUUACUGACAAAUAAGUUGAUGUUACAGAGGUUUCAAGAAUUCCCUUAAAGGCAGCAUUUUGCAAAUUCUGUGGUCGUUGGGAUGAUCUUGUUUGCAAAUACAAGCUAUCACUGCGUUGAAUGCUAUCUGAUGUGUUUCAUUACUAAUUGCUACGCCGAUCUUUGAAAUUGAUUUAUACUAUGGAUUACUCUGUUUACCUGGUCAAGAGAUAGGGCUCACGGGCGGUCAACAGGGGGUUCUUACUCAUCGUAGGCACUUGACCCUAUCUCUAAUAUGUUCGGGGGUCCGUGUUUGCCCUUUUCUCAAUUUUGUAUUUUUAUAGGAUUUUUAAGAUUGAUCACUGUUCGUUAUCUUCACUUGAAAUAGGUUACAAAGCAUUUGAUAAUAUUCUACAAAUGGGUUCAUACACGUUUUUCCACACAUUCCAUUAAAUUUUAAAAAUAUAACAGUUUAGAGUUGUAAAUCGAUGUACAUUUUUCAAUGUUGUAUUUCAUUUUCAGAUGGUUUAUCAAGCCUAAAAUAUAUGAUGUUUCACAUUGUGAUGAGCAAUCAAAAAUACAUAAUAUAAUGAA